CUCCUUGAGCAGGGCGGGUGCGGGCAGAUCGAUUCAGUAGCGCAUUGCCGGUCGUCGAGAUUUUGAUUUUGCGAUCUAGGCCGUCGCCAAGCUGAGGAGCUCAUCUGGCGUGCUGCCACGCUGCGCUUCGCAAAUGAAGCAAACGAUCAAAACGAAGAAGGGGUGAAACAAUGUGGAGAAAAAGGAGAUCUGAAGUUCCAAAUGGAAAGCCUCUGUCCAAGAAUGCACAGAAGAGGGGAGAGGAAGAAGGAGCACAAGGAGAAAAAAUCGCAGGAACCGCGGAAGCUGCAAUUCAUAGGAGCAAGGAAGCCAGCCGCGCCCGUGCCGAUGAAAACAAAAACUCAACAAGGCUGUCGAGGCUGGCCAGAACCUGGUGAUCGAUUACCAGUUAAGCGACCAGAUGACCGGCCAACAAGUAGGUUCUCUCAUCUCUUUUCUUCGUCUAAGCAUCUUUUCUUUCUUCCAGAUCAUGUAUCGAGAAGGUACCCGGCUAUCAAAACUGGAAUCUACACACCUACAUGGAAGUUUUCGCGACUAGUACGCAGGAUCUGGUCUAUCUCACGGCAGACUCGGCGGAGAGACUCAAAGGUAUCGAGUACAGACGCUGGGGCGAAGGCAAAGAAUCUUUUUGUCGUGACAUGUGUUUGACUGGCCUUGACUGUAGGUUAGUGACAACCAAAGAUCUUUCCACUCUGAGCACUACUCGAGUGGAAUAGAAUGCGAGUUGAGCAAGACGACCGCA